AUGUGGCCCAGUCCAAAGUCAGCCUACCUCUUGCUCGCAGGGUAUGGACUGCUGAGCAGUGCCUCGCCCAUCGAGAGUGAGGGACACCUCGAGGAGCGACAGUCCUGCCCUAGUAUCCACGUCUUCGGCGCCCGCGAGACCACUGCCAGCCCUGGGUACGGCAGCUCAUCAACCGUGGUGAAUGCCGUCCUAUCAGCCUACCCUGGCUCCACGGCCGAGGCUAUCAGCUACCCGGCCUGUGGUGGUCAGGCCUCAUGUGGCGGAGCAAGCUACUCGAGCUCUGUUCAGCAAGGCAUCGCGGCUGCAGCGAGUGCGGUCAACAGCUUCUACACCCGAUGCCCGACCACUCAGAUCGUGUUGGCUGGCUACUCUCAGGGCGCAGAAAUCUUUGACGUGGCCUUCUGUGGCGGUGGAGACCCGAAUCAAGGGUAUACAAACACGGCGGUCCAGUUCUCCGCUGGUGCCGUUGGACAGGUCAAAGCUGCGAUCCUGAUGGGCGCCCCAACUUAUCAGUAUGGAUUGUCAUACGGGGUAGGAACCUGCAGAGCAGGAGGAUUUGAUGCGCGCUCGUCGAGCUUCGUAUGCCCAUCUGCCUCCAAGGUCCAAAGCUACUGCGAUGCCGCCGACCCUUACUGCUGUAAUGGAAACAACGCAGCUACGCACCAAGGGUAUGGUUCUGAAUAUGGAUCGCAGGCCCUUGCCUUCAUCAAGAGCAAGCUGAGUAGCAGCGGUGGCGGUUCUGGCACAACUACAACGUCUUCCGCCGCAGGGACGACACCAACAACCCCUGGGACGAGCUGCGCUUCACUGUACGGCCAAUGCGGUGGUCAGGGUUGGACAGGAGCGACCUGCUGCGCUUCUGGAACUUGCAAAGCUGCCAACACGUACUACUCUCAAUGCCUGUAG